AUGACGGUUUUCUUUUCCCGGCCUUUCUCGCUCGAAGAAGCAACAAAGACCAGUCCCGAGUCUGAAGCUAUAUUUGCGGAUACUGGAGUUCGCAUCCAUCCUUGGGAAAGGGUAUUCUCCAAGAAUAUUGCAAAUGUCGCCAUCAAGAUCUAUCGUCUCAUCGGCGAAUAUGUCAAUAUCUGGCUUGGCGACAUAAACCCCGAAUACUGGACACGUGGUACCCUCCAAAGUCUGCAUACUCUCCUUCUUCACGCCCUUAGUCAUAUCGAUGAACCGAAUCAGCGGAAAGGCAGGCUUAGCCAGAUCAAGGCUCACUUGAUGGCAUGCGCUUUUGCAGACGCCUGGCGUGGCAUGAAGCCUACUCUUCAUCCAAGGCAUCUUCAAAACGCACGCCUUUUGUUCUCCAUUCCUCACCACCAAGACCCCACCGACAAGACCACGGCCGACGAGAGCGACAAAUCGGAGGCUAACCCUUCUAUUCCUACACCUGAAAGACCCCGAACGAAUUCCGUGACCCGCAAGGAUCCUGCAACCGAGCCUUUCCUUGAGACUUCCCCCAAGCAGUCGCGCUGGCAGGAGAUUGCUGUUUCAGUGACGACAGGCGAUAACACCGAGCUCCGCUCAACUGAUUGCGACUUGAUUCCCGAACUAAAACAGCACCAAGAUGGCGCGAAGGAUAGCUUCCUAAAACUGCUACACAGACUUCCCAUCCUCUCAUCAACCGCCGUCGGCGAACUAGGGCGUGAACGGGAGAUCACAUCCGACCGUAUCAGAAGUCUGAACGAUGACAUGGCCAACGCCAAAGAGUCCUUAACUAAGCUCAAAGAUUCCGUUUCUACCCUCAUGGCUGAUAUGGAAGCUCACGCAGCGAACGAGAAGGAACUGCAGAGCGCUAAGAACGUGAUCGAAGCCGCAGGGUCUGGAGUUCGGUCAACUGUAUGGAGAGUCCAUGAAAAGGCAAAGUCGAAUACGUCCGCCACCCUUGAAGAGAAGUCUCAGGAGCUUGAGGAGGUAAAAGCGCGACUGGGCAGGCUGAUUGAAGAGGUCGAGGAAGCUCAGGCAUAG